AUGCCGUCUGCGGUGGCCUCUCACUCCCAUCGGCCGACCAGCAAGGUCCUGCCCAAAGCUUUCAAAUCCAAGAAGGCAACGAAAGGUGCUUUAAGGGAUCAGGCCAAAGGUAAAGCACCCAACGAAAAGGGCCAGCGUAAGACUCCAAACCAACAAGUCGUGUCGAAAAUCGACCGUCGCAACCAGGCAAAACAGCGUCAGCUGUCCAAGCAUAGGGAACACCAGAAGGACGCGUCCAUCUUCUCUGGGCGAGACGGUGCGCCUAGAAUUAUUGCCGUAGUGCCACUUUGCCCAGACAGCGACGUCUCCGCGGCUAUCGACAACCUCAAUACCAGCCUCGAUAUCGAGCCCGGCAUCGAGCCCGACAUCUCCGAAUCCAGCUUCCGAGUGUCUGUCGACCGGUUCAAACAGAAGCUUCAGUAUGUACCGGUUGGGAGGGAUCUCACGGCAUGUAUGGAUGCUGCGAGAGCAGCCGACUUCGUCGUUUUCGUACUCUCUUCGGAAGUGGAGGUUGACACCCUGGGCGAGCUCAUUAUCCGGAGCAUCGAGAACCAAGGCAUGUCGACCCUUUUCACCGUCGUGCAGGGCUUAGAAAAGGUCCAACCCGCGAAAGCUAGACCGGACGUCGUCAAAUCCUUGGCUUCAUUCAUGGCACACUUCCACCCAGGACAAGAUAAAAUAUACAGUCUUGACUCGAGACAAGAAUGCUCGAAUCUUAUGAGGUCCCUCUGCACCACAACGCCGAAGGGGAUUAAUUGGCGAGACCAGCGGUCGUGGAUGCUCGUAGACGAGGUUCAAUGGCCGCUUACUGAGACCGAAUCGACAAUACUAACAGGCGUCGUUCGAGGCAAGGGUCUUAGGGCUGAUCGUCUCGUUCACGUAGCAGAUUGGGGAACCUUCCAGAUAGAAAAGAUCACAGCUGCGCCAGUCCCAACCAAGAAACGCAAAGCCGAUGGAAUGCCCGUAGAGGAGACGCAACUCGGUAAUGUUCUGGAUGUUCCAGAUGAAGACCAAGAUGAUCUCGCCGAAUUAGCGCCGGAAGAAGUGACAAUGGAUGACGCCGAAUCUGAAGGCGGAAACAAGUCCAUUGCUACGGCCAACCAAAAAGGAGUCCUUCUAGAUGAUCAUCACUAUUUCUCUGAGGAAGAGCCCGAGGAAUACGCUCGCCCGAAGAAACUACCUAAAGGAACGUCGUCUUACCAAGCCGCGUGGUUCCUUGAGGACGUAUCAGAUUCCGAGUCUGAGUUAGAUGACGUAGAGAUGGAAGACGCUCAGCUCGAGGACAUUCCCGCCGCCCCAGAAGACGGUAUCGAGGGUAUUAUCGUGGACGAGCCCAGCGAGGCCGCCAUGUCAGAAUACCCUCGGUCAGAGAUAUUUAUCGAACCAAACGAGGAAGAGGAUGCUGUUCAAUUGGAGGCAUAUAGGGCAUGGAAACGCGACGAGGCGGAAGAUGAUAAGGAGUUCCCAGACGAGAUAGAGUUGCACCCAAACGUUCUUGCGAAAGAACGCCUGUCCAAAUACAGAGGGCUGAAGAGUCUGCGGACGAGUCCCUGGAAUACGGAGGAGGACCGACCGUAUCAACCAGAAGAGUGGUCGAGGUUAUUGCAGAUUUCCGACUACCAAUCUUCCCGAAACCGGUCUGUGCAAGAGGCUCUCGUCGGCGGGGUGACGCCAGGAACGAGGGUUCACGUCCAUCUCAAAGGUGUCCCCCGGGAUUUAAAGAAGUUGAAUGUCCCUUCAAGACCGGUCACACUCUUUUCACUCCUACGGCACGAGAACAAGAAGACAUCAUUGAAUUUCGACGUAACCCACAAGGAAGACUACGAUAAAUCUAUCAAGGCCAAGGAGGAGCUCAUUGUCCAGUGUGGACCUCGACGAUUCGUGGUCAACCCCCUAUUUUCCCUUCCGGGUAAUACGGAGAAUGAUGUCCACAAGUACUGUCGCUACCUCCACCCUGGCCAAUCCGCGGUUGCGACAUUCGUUGGCCCCAUCACUUGGGGGUCUGUACCUACAUUGAUAUUCAAGCGAACGACCCCUCAAGAUAGCGGAGGAACCGGAGUAUCCCUACACCUAGUGGCAACGGGAACCACUCGGGCACCCUCAACGUCGAGAGUAAUCGCAAAGCGUGUCAUCCUGACCGGCCACCCCUAUCACAUCCACAAGAAAGUCGUUACCAUCCGGUACAUGUUCUUCCACCGAGAGGACGUAGACUGGUUCAAGGCGCUGCCUCUUUGGACGAAACGAGGGAGAACGGGGUAUAUCAAAGAGGCCCUUGGCACACAUGGGUAUUUCAAGGCCAACUUUGACGAGAGGAUCAACCCGCAGGAUGCCGUUGGCGUUAGCUUAUACAAGCGAGUGUGGCCGCGGAAUGCCACGCCUUUUACCGGACCACUCUUAGAAGAAGAGGAGACAGGGCCACAAAAUGAGGCUAUGGACGAGGAUAUGAAAUAG